AUGGCGGCUCUCGAUCCAAAUCAGGCGUAUGUGCCAGUCCUGAAGGACACUGGGCUGGCCAUUUUCGCGGUAUCGGUGGCUGGCGGAAUCCUCUCAGCCAUUACUGUCCUUCUUCGGACCUGGGUCCGUGUCUCGUCUGCGGCCUUUGGACUUGACGAUGGCCUCAUGCUCGGUGGACUGGCCAUAUACCUUGCCGACGUUGCGUUGGCUUGCGAGGGUGCUCGAGCUGGCUUGGGCUCGCCUGAUGCCGAGUUGAGUGCCAAGAUGGCCACUGAUUCGCGCAUGUGGCUCAUUGUAUGGAUGCUCUUGUACACCUGCGGACUCUGCAUGGUCAAGAGCUCCAUCUGUGUCACGAUGCUCCGGAUCGCCCAGACCAUGCAGUACUUCCGCAUCUGCGUCUAUACCCUGCUCGCCAUCACCGUCGCGAGCUGGAUCACCACCUUUGUCGGCGUGCUCCUGUUGUGCCGGCCAGUGGCUGCCAACUGGGAUGCCAAUCUUCUCGCCACGGGGCAGGCCGAGUGCGCAUCCAUGGAUGCCAUGAUUGCGCUGGCCUACACCUCGACAGCUUCGACCAUCCUUACGGACCUGGCCUGCGCGGUCCUGCCUGCAUUCCUGCUGUGGAGGAUGCAAAUGCCGCUUCGCAAUAAGAUUCUGGUCGGCAUUCUGUUAUCCUUUGCAUCAUUUGCAUCCGUGUCCACCAUGAUCCGGACUCCGUACAUCGAGUACUACAGAACUCCACUGGAUAACCUGCCUUAUCAUAUCGGCAACAUUGUCCUCUGGUCCAACAUUGAGACGGCCAUUGGCCUGAUCGCUGGCUCUCUGCCCUCCCUACGGCUCCUCAUCAACCGCGCCCGCAAGGGCACACAAUCCAACGACAUCUCCGGUAGCAACAGACGGCCUGGCGACAACUCUGACCUCGUCACGUUCGGGAGCACCCCUGUGGCCAAGGGUGCCUCUCGCGUUCGGGGGCGGAGCUACAAGAGUCCCACAGAGACGGGAGUGUCGACGACGACCAUCUUCGCGCAGGGAGAGGGCGAUUGGCGGCGGCUGCGAGAUUCGAGCUCUGGGACGCGGGUCGACUCGGACUUGGAGACGGACAUGGCCAAGGGAAUCCGCGCGGAUUAUUCGUACCAGGUUGAGCUUAGCGAGCGGCCAUCUGGGGUUCGAGGUCCCGCUGCCGGAAAAGAGUGA